AAAACUAUUAAUCUGUUUGCUGUCAAUAAAAUUUAUUCAAGAGAGUAAAGUCUUCUUCCUGCCUCGUAUUUUCUUUUGUGUUUGAUCAUGAAAAGUGUUUGAUCAUUAUUUGGUAUCUUAACUUACAAAACAUCUAAAUGUCGCAAUCAGGGUUACAGAUUUGUUGGUGUGUUGCGCGGAAGUCAUCUGGCAUCUUCAGAGCAGCUGCUUUCACUUCCAUCUUCACCAGUGGACUCAUCUGAGCACAGUUGAUCGCUGUGACAAGAUCUCUAAACAUCAGCUGCUCGUUCAGACAUGCAAGAUGAGAGGAUACUUAGUUGGAAUACUUGUACUUUUGAAACAUUGCAUUUGCGGUGAUGUGGUGAACUUUGAUGGAGACAUCAAGGACUUUGUAGUUGGUAAAAGUAAGUUGUUCCUUCUUACUGACCAUCGACUAUAUCAGAUGAGACUCGAUCUUUCUGAGGAGAAGAGGAAGGACAUCAAUAAUGCCACUCAUCAAAACAGAGUCAACAUUCUGGUGCCUUUUGAUGACAACAACACCCUGAUAACCUGUGGGACAUUUAGAGAUGGAUACUGUGAAGUUCUUGACCUCAAUGACAUUACAAAGAGCAUUUACUAUGAAAGUGGUAUAUCUGUAGGACCAAAAAGACCAAAAAAUAAAUCUAUUGCGUUCAUUGCAGGUCCAAGUACCAGCAGGUACCUUUUAGUUGGGAAAAAGGACGAUGAAAAACCUCCGUAUCCUGUUGUUAACUUGUGGAACACUUUACAGUCUCAGUUUCGGGGAAUUUUCAACAACAUAGAAGAAGGAAUACACCCCUCCAUUCAGAGCACCGCGAGCGAUGUGGAGUUUGUUGACGGAUUCCAGAGAGUUUCGCCCUCAGAGUCGUACUUGUUUCUCAAUGCAAAGAUUGACUCGGAGAGUAAAGUGCUCGUCCUGUGGAUGGACAGCUCUAAAAGAAAAAAGAUGGACAUCUUCAAAUCCCUACAGGCUGCAACGAUACAGUGCUGCAAUGAUAAAGCUCGUCCAGAGCUCGUCGCCUCCACCGUUAUUCCCUCAGUGAACGGCGUUAUUUGGGCAGGUGUGUUCAGUGCGCAGAAUCAGCAGGAUCCGGAGAACACCGCGCUGGCUCUGUACGACAUCAGUACAGUUCGAGGCCGAGUGAAGGGUUUCUGCACUGCUGGUGACAAGAUAUGUGGUUCUGAGAGUGGUAAAGCACUUCAGCCGCUCUCUGUGGUGUUCAAGUACAGCUCAAUGUCAUCAGUGGCAGCAGUUAGAAAAGGAUCCUGGAUUGUGAUGUUCAUAGGAACCAGUGAUGGACAACUGAUAAAGUUGAUCUUGGAUGAGAAAUUCACACCGGGCUGUUCAACAGUGCUGUACAAAUCUGCAGAUGAACGAGCAGUGCUUCCCAGAAUGCACUUUGAUCCAGAAGAUUUCAAACAUAUUUACAUUGCUCUGAGGAGAGAGCUCAGAAGAGUUUCUGUGGUUCAGUGUAAAUUCAGCUCUCUGAAAGACUGCAGAGCUGCUCUGGAUCCUCUCUGCGGCUGGUGUAUGAAAACACAGAGAUGUUCUACUCAAGAUGAAUGCUCAAAUACUUCAUGGGUGUCCAUCCCAAAAAACUCUCUUCAGACGCAGCUGCUUUCCUUUCAGAUGGAGCAGAAUUCUUCUAGAAAGAUUACUCUACAUCUUUCCUUGAGUCUGGAGAGCACAGGAAAUCCCGUCUUCUCAUGUUCCUUCAUCACAAGAAGUGUGAAUCUGUGUGACGGGUCUGAUCCGACUGCAGUUUUCCCAAACUGCUCCUGUAGUUUUUCUGACCAGCUACUAUAUACUGGAGGUUUAACAGUCUCUGCUGCAGUUACUAUUGAGGAUCAGAAGAUCACAGAGACGCUGACACUGAGGAACUGCUCCAGUAUCACAGAUAAUUCACCAAAUGCUUCUUAUACACAGUGUGUUCAGUGUAUCUCAUCUGGGUGUCAGUGGUCCUCUUCCUCACAGCGUUGUGAUUGGACACAUGGACCUGGACCGCAGUUACUCAUACAGGAUGCAUGUAAAAAUCUACUCUCUCAGAGUGUCUACAAAGAGCCAGAGAUUCUCUCUCUGGAGCCCAACAAGGUUUCCUUCCAUGGCAGAAACAACGUUUUACUAAGAGGAAAGAACCUGGAAUCUGUCACUAAAAUCCGUAUUCGAGGAGAUCUGGACUGUAUUCCUAAAGAAUAUCCAGUAUUUGAUCGCUCCAGUGACACUUUAAGGUUCCACAUUCCUCCCAGUGGAACUAAAGGAACAGUGAAAGUGUGUGUUGUUACUCCUGACGACCGUUGUCAUGGUAACAGCAUCAUCACUUACCGUUCCCAGCCCAGCUGCACAGGAAUACAGCCCACAGUCAGCUGGAGAAGAGGUGGAAGGAAGAUUCACAUUCAGGGAAGCAAUAUGGAAUUUGUUGAAUCAGUUAUUGUCCAUUCCUCUAAUAAAGUGCUUCAGACACAAUACAGCAGAAGCUCAGGGGACAUGUGGUUUCACUCCCCCCAUUAUGAUGGCAGUGGUCUGUUUAAUUUGUCAUUCAAAGUUGGGAACUCCACUGUGGACUGUGUGGAUUAUUUCUCCUACAAACCUGAUCCAGAAUUCACUGGAUUCACCACUGUACAGGUGGCCAACUAUCUACAGGUGAACAUUCAGAAAAAGGCAGAUGAAUUGCAUUUGAGUAUGAGUGAUGUGAAUGUGACGGGUUAUCAGGGAGAUCGGCAGUAUCAGUGUGUUUUGGAGAAGAUUGAGUCCAAUGCCGUUAUCUGUAGGAUUACAGGGCAAUCAGAAGUGGACACACUCGAUAUAAUGGUUGGGGAUUUUUCUAAACACCUUGAGCCUCAUAGUAAUAUAAAAUACUUAUACAUCCUUGUGGCACUGGUUCUGCUCAUAAUUCUAGGUGCUGUUGUUGGAGUGAUUGUUCACCGUAAGAGCCAAAGACAAAUGAAUGAGAGAAUGAAUAAAGAGCUAGAAAUGCUGGAAAGCAACAUCAGAAGGGAUAUACGACAAGGCUUUGUUGACUUGCAAACAGAAAAGGCUGAAUUGAUUGAUAAUGUUGGAGCCAUACCUUUCCUGGAUUACAAGCACUUUGCCUCAAAAAUCUUCUUUCCUGAGGCUGGUACUCUGGCAGCAGUCAUGGUCAGAGACAUUGGGCAGGAUUCUGAGCAGACAACUGUUGAUGAAAAAUGUCAGGCUUUUGCUGCGCUGAUCAGAGAUAAACAGUUUCUCAGUUGUUUCGUGCAUGCAUUAGAGGAACAGAAAAACUUCAGCAUAAAAGACAAAUGUACAGUGGCGUCUCUAUUGACUCUGGCCCUCCAUGGAGACCUGCUUUAUCUCACAGAGGUAAUGGAGGAUCUUCUGCAGAGUCUGAUGGACCAGUCCAGUAAUGCAAAUCCAAAACUUCUCCUGCGCCGCACAGAGUCCAUAGUGGAAAAGCUUCUUACCAACUGGAUGUCCAUCUGUCUGUACGGCUUCCUCAGGGAAUCAGUAGGACAGCCUCUCUUCCUGUUGGUGUCAGCUCUGACUCAGCAGAUCUCUAAAGGGCCGGUGGAUUCAGUGACGGAGAAAGCUCUGUACACCCUUAGCGAGGACUGGCUUCUCUGCCAAGCACAGGACUUUGAGGCCCUGAAACUGAAGGUGGUGUUUGCUGUGGGGACUGGAGGAGAAGUCAGUGAACCCUUAGAGGUCAACGCACUGACCUGUGACACAGUACAGCAGGUCAAGGAGAAGAUCUUACAGACCUUCCAGCGAAAGUUUGGUUUCCCCUACACACAGCAGUUCAGGGAUAUAGAAAUUGAAUAUGAGAAGGAAGGAAAGUUUGUCAUGCUACAGGAAGUCGAUGAGACCUCAGAGAUUCGAGGGCAUGUUACCAUGUUGAACACUCUAAAACAUUAUAAGGUUGGAGAUGGAGCAUGCAUUAAAGUUAUCACAACAAGAGUCCAUGCCCCAUUGAGGACUCAGACCAGUGUAAAGGAUGAUGAGAACUUCUCCAUCAAGUACUUCCAUAUGGUUGAUCCGGAUAUCGACACAGACCUGAGCAAACAUCCUGAGAAAAAAGCAUUAAAAUUCAAAGAGAUGUACCUCACCAAGCUGCUCUCCACCAAGGUGGCAGUCCAUUCUUUUGUUGAGACCCUUUUCAGGAGUAUCUGGGGUACAUUGCCCAACGGCAGGGUUCCAUUGGCUGUCAAGUAUUUUUUCGACUUCCUGGACGUACAAGCAGAGAGAAAAAAAAUCUCAGAUCCAGAUGUUCUCCACAUCUGGAAAACAAACAGCCUCCCGCUCCGUUUCUGGGUGAAUAUCCUGAAGAACCCUAACUUUGUGUUCAGUGACAUGGAAAAGACGCCUCACCUGGACGGCUGUCUGUCCGUCAUCGCUCAGGCCUUCAUGGACUCCUUCUCACUAGCAGAUCAAAACCUAGACAAGUAUUCACCAACCAAUAAGCUACUCUAUGCCAAAGAUAUCCCUCAGUACAAACAGGAAGUGAAGUCGUACUACAAGUUAGUGAAGGACCAGCCUACGAUCAGCAGCCAAGAUUUGAAAAUGUUUCUUCAAGAUGAGUCAAAGAAACAUCAAAAUGAGUUCAAUGAAUCUGCAGCUCUGCGUGAACUCUACAAAUACAUGCUCCGCUACUUCAAUGAGAUUUCUCAGAAGCUGGAACAGACAGACGCCCCCGCUAGCCUGAAAGAAGACAUGCACAAAGUGAAGGAGCUUUUUGACAACAUGAAACGAAGUGGUUGGAGCUGAAAUUCCAAAUGUUGUUAUUCAAAUGGGUACACUGCAUUUUGUUUGUUUUUAAGCUGGUCAUUAAACUGGAAACUGGAAUGCCAUCAUCAGCCAUAUAAUAGGAAAGACAGACUCACGUCUGUCUAUUGGACACUGUAGGGACCAAGUGAAUGUACUGUACAUUGAUGAACUAGAGUUUUAGAGAAUCUCAUCACGGAGCUUAUAUUGGACUAACACUGAGCUGUCUACACACUGUAUCUCAGAUCUAUGACAUUGUAAUGCAAAGCAAAGCAAAGCAAUAUGGUUUGAUUUUCAUUUUUUUCUUUCUAAAUCAUGUAUUCUUUUACUACAGUAUCUGCCUCUAAUACAUUAAUCUGCCAGGUCAAGCAUUGUACAUUCCUCCUUUGUAAAAUCUUUUGAAAAUAGAAACAGUAUAUAUAUAUAUAUUUGUAAUUUGCUGUCCUGGUCUGCACUAUACUAAUAAAAUAUGUGUAGUUUUAUAAAGAGAUACUAA